UUUCCGACAUCGCCUGUACACGAAACACGGAUGACCGAUGACGGUCGACGGGUGCAUAUUACGUGUUGUGCGGAUUGUCAUUAACUCAUAUGUGAAUUGUGAUUUGUGACUGGUGGCAGAGGCCGAAAACAGCCGCCACUUGCGAUCGGUAUCUGGGAUUCCCCGUAAUAUCGAGUAUCGAACGCCACAAAGACAUUGCAACAAUUGAACAAUAUUAGAAUUAUUUAAGAUAACAAUGUAGUAUUCGUUUUUCAUAUUAUACAAUAAUAAUUACAACAAUAAUGCAGUAAUAUAAGAAGUUAUCAAUUUUUCUAUAGACAUUUUUAUUAAAAUUCAUGAUUCUCAGUUAACUCAAUAAAAUUGUAAUUCUGUUGAAUUUUUAAUUUCUAUAUUUUAGUAUAAUUAUUGCUUCAGAAGUUCAACAUUAAGUUUUCUAUCACAGGAGCCACAGAAUUCUGCUGUAGUAUCAUUAUUCUAUGGUAGUAGCUGUACCUAAUGCCACAGAAUAAGUGGUCUAAAUUCCCAUGAAAAAUUUACCACUUUGCAGUCUCAACCAAUGGAAAUGGCCACUGCUACACAGAAACAUCUUGGUGCAAUGCCUUUGCAACAAACAUCACAGCCACCGCCAACCACUCAAAUUCAAAUCCUUGAAUCUUCUGGACCUGAAUUAAUCAAAAGUGUUCAAUCGAUUUUGAAUGAAAUGUCUCCUUAUAAUAUGCUUUCAAUAAUUAAGCGUUUUAAGGCAUUGCCUAUUGACAAUAUGUAUUAUCUAGAGAAAACUGUUGAUUUAGUUUUUGAAAAGGCAAUUGAAGAACAAUGGUUUGCUCCUCUUUGUUCAUCUUUAUGUUCAGCUAUGCAAUCCUUAAAAGUGAUUUCUAAUAAUGGUAAAAAAGCAACUUUUAAGAAUUUGAUUAUAGAUAAAUGCCAAAGCCUAUUCGAAUUAGACAAAGACCAAGAAGUGGAAUCUGCUAAGAAAUAUACUAAAAUCCGUUUGUGCAAAGAUCAAGAAAAGAAAAAAGAACUUCAACUUGAAUUUUUAGAGCUUAAAAGAAGAUUAUGCAAACGUUCCGUGGGAAAUUGCAGAUUUAUCGGUGAAUUAUUUAAGCAAAAUUUUCUUCCUCCCAUUAUUAUGUUGUUAUGCGUUCAGAAUUUAUCUACUAAAUAUGCCGAAGUACCACUUGAGUGUUUAUGUAAUUUAUUAAAGACUGCCGGAAAAGAAUUGGAACAAUUAUACAAUUUAGAUGAUACCUUUAAAAAACUUCAAGAUUUAACAAAUACAAUAAUUAUACCCAAUAUUUCUUUAAGAAUAAUGUUCAUGAUACAGGGUAUCAUUAGUUUAAGAAUGAAUAAGUGGAUACCAAGUGUUGAGAAUAAACCCAAAUUGAUAAAUUAUGUCAAAAAUGAAGCAGUUAAACGACAAUCUAUAUCGCCAGUUUAUGAUAGACCUAAAAAACGAAAUCAUCAUGGUGAUCACAAAUUUAGGAGUGGUGAAAAUAAAAAUGGUCGAGGAAAUGAGGAUCUGUUUAAUGUUGAUAGAAAUGAUUCUAAGUAUAAGCAACAAAAUUCCACUAUUGACCAAACUAAACUACAAGGUUUAAAGGAAAACACAUCUGUGACAAACUUAGGUUCAUCUAAAUGGUCAUUUUCCACAGACAAUAAUAUGACAUCUACAAGCCAUCACCCAUAUGCUGUUUUAAGUUAUGAUGAAAAUUCAUUUAAUUGUCUACAAAAUAUGUCAAAUGAAGACACAUCAAAAAAGCCAAUUAUAUCAGAAUCUGAAGAAAGACAAAAAAUUAUGUCAGGAACGGCAUUUAGUGUAACGAGUUUGAAGCCUCAAUUUGCUCAACUCUCUCCUUUGAUAAAUUCUUCAAAUUCAAAGCCCAUAGAGACUGUUGAAGAACAUAUUAUGUUAAAAUUGGAAUCAGAAGUUACUAGUAACACUUAUAUGAAGUGUGAAAAUGUAAAAUAUGAGAACCUAGAUGAUUCGUCAUCUGUCGCAACUUUAUUGCCCCCAAAACAGACAAGGUUUACAAGCAGUAACUUUUUUGCUGUUCUAAAUGAUAAUGAAAAAUCAUUGAAAACUCAACAAAUUAUGUCAAAUAACACAACAAAGGAGUCAAUUGUAUCAGAAACUGAAGAGAGCCAAAGGAUCAUGUUUGGUAUAGAAACUUUUGUGCCACAAUUUGCUCAAUCAACUCCUUCAUUAAAUUUUUCUAAGACAGUUGAAGAACCAGUGUUAGAAUUGGACUCUGUAAUUGCAUAUACAAUUAAUAUGAAAUGUAAAAGAAUUCUUCUAGAGUUUGAGAAACUGCAAAAUAUAGAUAAUAUAAUUAAUGCGUUAUCAAAAGAUGAAUCUUCAGUAAUUCGCACAAUGCAUGAAGAGUUUGUGAAAUCAAUGUCACUUAUAACUUUAGAUAAUAAUCCUGUUAUCCAAACAACAGUAGUAGGAAAAAUUUUUGCCGAACUUUUAUCCAAAAAAAUUCUUUCUAUGGUUGCCAUCACUCAAGGAAUUGAUGCUGUUCUUAAAAAUUGGAAUUAUUUUAUGGUGGAUUAUCCUCAAUUUUUCUCAUAUAUUGCUGCCAUUAUAGCUCCAUUAUUAUUAUCACAGAAUGCUUCAUUUGACUUCAACAAUUUAAAAGAUUCUUGUAAAUCUUUACAACCAGACAAUUCUAGUAAAUUUUUUACUGAAGUAUUAAAUAAAAUUCAUGGUUCUAAAGAGACGCAGAACACUAAAGAACAGCUAGGUGGUAUAUUAUGGAUUUACUAUAAGUGGAGGGCUUCAGAAAAUGUUUCUCUUGACGUAUUUAUACCUAAUAACCAAAUAAAUGAAUAUUUUAAAAAUAAUCUAAUUGGAGUUUUCCUUUUAUCUAUUGCUAUGUAUGAUAAAAUGAAGCCAAUUGAUGAUAAACUUUUGUAUGACAUAAUGCCUAGUUGGAUAAAUAUUAAUAUCAGUGCAGAAAUAAUAAAACGCCCUCAGUUUGUAUUAGCAUUAACUAUAGCUAUUGUCAUGGUUAUAUGUUCGAAACUGAAUCACUCAUAUGAUGAUUUCUUUAAUCAUGUUCAUGUAAAAUUGUUAAACUGCUAUAUUCGGUUUGAACCGCUUCUACAACUUGAAAUCCAGGCACGAGAAGUACAGUGUCUGUGUGGCAUUCAAUUAAUGUCUGCAUUACUUCAACAUCCAGGAGGAAUGUCGUUGAAACUUUUUCAUAAGCUCUACCAUGAUGGAGUCAUAAGUAAAGAAUCAUUUGAACUAUUCAUAAAAAAAUAUGAAGAAACUGCUGAUCUGUAGUGUACCCAUAUAUAAUAUAAAAUAUAUAAUUUAUGAUUAAACUAACACAAACUUACA